AUGGGCGUAGCGAGCUGGACGGGCUGCGGUUGGGGCUUGGGUCUGACGUGUGGGUUCCGGAUAGAUAUGCGGCGACAUCCACGGCCAGUUCCACGACCUGAUGGAGCUAUUCCGCGCGACUUCGUCGACCGCGGCUUCUACUCCCUCGAGACCUUCCUCCUCCUCCUUUGCCUCAAAGUCCGUUACCCCGAUCGCAUGACCCUCAUCCGCGGCAACCACGAGUCCCGCCAGAUCACGACCGUGCCAUCGUGCUCGGUGCCUCCAACACCUUACCGGGCGAGCCCCAGAGCUCACCCGCAGGCGACCAAGUCGAGAUUGAGGUGCACAACUCGGACGGCCAGAUCAUCUCCCGCUUCCUGCGCCAAAAAGACGUCAGCAGAGGGCGCAUCAACUCCACCACAACCACCACAAUAUCCAACGGCCCCAACGGCCACUCCCUAA